AUGAACUGGUCUCACCUCCGGAAAUGUUUUAUCACAGCCAUUGCGACUUUGUCCGUCUUCGCCGUCACCCUCACGUCUUCAGCAUACUCAGAGUCCUCCAACGAGGUUAUGCGAGACUUUGAUAUCAGCGCCGAGGUCUUUAUAGUGGGCGUUUCCCUCUAUGUACUGGGAUUCGCCGUCGGCCCAGCUUUGUGGGCGAUGCUUCGAAGAUGCGAACUCUACGGAAGACAGCUUCUCUGGGUCGUCUCUCAUGUAGCCAUGGUGGCCUUCAUCGGAGGUUCUGCCGGAAGUCAAAACAUCACUACACUCCUCAUACUGCGAUUUCUUGCGGGCACCUUUGGAGGAUCACCUCUUGUUAACUCCGGGGGCGCCAUUGCGGACUUGUUUUCUCCGGCUCAGAGGGGUCUCGCCAUGGUGAUUUACUGCGUCGCACCCUUUCUUGGGCCUGUUGUUGGCCCCGUGAUGGGCGGGUUCAUCUCCGAGAAUGUUGGGUGGAGGUGGGUCCAAGGGGUAUGCUGUAUUCUAGUAGGAAUCAUAGGUAUUGUGGGUGCCAUCUUCAUCCCUGAGACAUAUGGACCAGUGCUGCUUAUGAGGAGAGCAAAGCACCUAUCAAAAGCCGACGGCAAGAUUUAUAUCAGCGUUCUUGAAAAAAGCCAGGGCAAGAAGAAACCAUCCGAAGUCUUUAAGAGAGCUCUAGUACGACCUUGGGUUUUGCUUUUCCUGGAACCUAUUGUGUUUGUGGCCUCGACCUACAUGGCAAUUAUCUACGGCACUGUCUAUCUUUUCAUGGGUGCCAUGCCUGUCGUCUACAAUCAAGACCGGCAUUGGAGCGAAGGGAUCGGAGGCCUCGCAUUCCUGGGUAUUGCUGUUGGGUUCUUACUGGGAGUGGUGUAUUCCAUCUACGACAAUGAUCGACGUUACAUGAAGUUAUUCUUGUCUCAGAAAGCUACCGCCGAAGCUCGAUUGCCACCGGCCAUCGUCGGUGCUAUUGCCUUACCUGUCGGCAUGUUCGCUUUUGCAUGGACCAACUACCCCAGCAUUCACUGGUCUGUUGGCAUCAUCCUCACGGCCCCCUUUGGUGCUGGCUGUGUCCUUGUCAUCAUGCCGCUUAUCAACUAUCUCAUCGAUUCAUACACCAUCUACGCAGCCUCCGUUCUCGCGGCUGCAGCAAUCUUCCGCGCCAUCGUCGGUGCCGCGUUUCCACUUUUCACCAACCAGCUUUACAAGGCCAUUGGUAUCCAUUGGGCGAGCUCCAUACCAGCAUUUCUGACAUUGCUUUGCAUGCCCUUCCCACUGAUCAUGCAUCGCUACGGUGAGGCGCUGAGGAUGAAAUGUAAGUAUUCUUUCGAAGCUGCUGAAAUGAUGAAAAGGAUGCAGUCAAAAUAA